CUCUAAACUGGGGGGGUUAAAUACAUCGCCGUCCAUCUUAUCGCCCCGCCAGGUCAAAAGUUGCUUCAAGUCGCAUCUGGCAGCUACAACAACCACAACAACAACCAUGUCGAACAUCACACAACAGAUCAGCGAGCUCGCGGCACGCAAGGAGGUGGCGCAGAUGCACCCCGGCCAGAAGGAGACGCUUGUGCCCGCAGCCAAGCUGGCCAAGAACAAGCGUCUGCCAGCGACGAUGAUCACGCCCGGCGGCCACAUCGAGCAGAGCAAGAAGAACAAGAAGGGACGGGCGGAGAGCGCCAAGAAGAAGAAGCGUUCAGAGAUUGGCAAGGAGAAGGCCCUCGAGCGCCUGGAGCGGCUGCAGACCAAGGUCGGCAAGGACGAGGAGCGCAAGGCAAAGCGCAACCGUGCCAAGAAGGCUUGGGAGUAGACUGUCGCCCCAGUUAUCUUCACGCUUCGACCCAACUGUGACUAGCAUUGGCAUUGGCAUUCUCUGUAUGUAUACUACACCGG